AUGGCGCGAGGAAAUAGCUGCAAGCAGGAUCGAAAUGGCCAUCACUCGCAGCGAGUAAGGCCGGUGAUUACUAAAGCUCGAUCAGUUUCAAAUGUCUCAAUCCGAUCGGCGUUUCCAGUUUCAACCUCCCGGGGCGCAAAGUCUGGCAUUUUGAAACGCCAUCACAGUGGUUCUUCCGCGAAAGACUCCCGCAAACAUGGCAAAAUCGACCGUCAGAAAUGCUCUGAUCUCCUUUCUGAGGUCCAGACUAAGAUGGAGAUAGAAGCGGAUGAGCAGCUAGCUAGGGCCACGUCACGUUUUCAGGCAGAAAAGGCACAGGAUAUGAAAAUGAUGGAACAGAUUCUCGCCGAAAAAGACAGUCUCUCAGCCAAGAAUAUCCAGGCCGAGGGUGAGGUUUCUCGCUUGAAGCAAGAGCUGGAGGCACAGACCCUGGCCACACAAGGCCAAGUGAGCUGGAGCGAGAUACAGUCAGCCUUGUACCAAGCUCAUAGUCAGUUGGUAUCGGCAGCUACUGGGCUUUGGAGCUCGAUCGAAGCCAUCCAGAAUCGCCAGCUAGCAACAUUCCUGCCUGGGUCAGGGACCAUGAAUUUCAACUGGCCCAGUCUAAGCGGAACCUCCAACCUUACUGGAUUCGAUAAUUUACCCUCAUCUUACAAUUCGCAAUUCAGUCAACAAGACCAGCAGGCGAUCAACCAAGCCGUUCCCCCAAAUUGA